AUGUCAGAUGAAGAUAACGCUGAUAUAAUUAAAUUUGAGAUAACAGAAGAUCUGUGUGUGACACGUCAGUUUGGAGCCCAGAAUCAGGAAACCAAUGACAGUAUCAGCUCAGGUGAUAAUAAGACUGAUGUUACACUAAAUGCUGAACAGACAAAUGAUCUGUAUGUAAAGAGUGGACUAGAAGCUAUGAAUAAGGAAAUCGGCGGCAAUAUCAGUACAGGUGAUGUUAAGACUGAAGUCACACUUACUGCCGAACAAAAAGUUGAUCUGUUUGUAAAGAGUCAACUGGAAGCUGUGAAGCAGGAAAUCUAUGACAAUAUCAGUACAGGUCAUAUGGAUGUGACGCCUUCAGGUGGCUCAGCGGUUGAACACAGGGAAGUACCGUAUGAGUGUGAUCAGGUGAAGACUGAGGGGGAUGAAGUUCCUAUAAAUACGGCUACAGGUGAAUUUACAAACAGCAGUAAUCCUAGCCAUGGUGAAAAUACAGAUACUUGUUUCAAUCAUCUUGAAAUUCAACAACGCAACAUGGGAAAUAUAUGUUCUGAAUGUGGGAAAAUGUUUACCCGGAAUUCAAAUCGUUUAAGACAUCAGAAAAUUCAUACAGGAGAGAAAGCAUUUUCAUGUUCUGAAUGUGGAAAAUGUUUUACUCGGAAAUCAUAUCUUAUUACACAUCAGAAAAUGCAUACAGGAGAGAAAGCAUUUUCAUGUUCUCAAUGUGGGAAGUGUUUUACUGAGAAAUCAAAUCUUGCUACACAUCAGAAAAUUCAUACAGGAGAGAAAGCAUUUUCAUGUUUUGAAUGUGGAAAAUGUUUUGUUCAGAAAUCAACUCUUAUUGCACAUCAGAAAACUCAUACAGGAGAGAAAGCAUUUUCAUGUUCUGAAUGUGGAAAAUGUUUUACUCGGAAAUCAUAUAUUAUUACACAUCAGAAAAUGCAUACA